UAUGUUGAAGUUGAUGCACGUGUAGUUUUAGUUGGUUUAGAAAAGAAAAACAAAUAUUUAAAUUAAUUAAAUUGUGAAAAGGUGAGCCACUUUUCUUACAUAUAUGACCGAUUGGUUAAAAAAAAAUCAUCAAAAUGAAGGGUGGAAAGAAUCUAAAAAAGAAGACGGUCAUACUGAAGACAAUGGAACAGUUUGAUAAUAUAUGUGACACAAGUUUGAAGAAGGAGCCUGAGACAGAGCCAAGUGCGAAGCGGCUAUGUACAGUUGGCAGUCAGAAGAUAAAUUUUAAUUUGCGCUUGCAGGGUGAGGAGGCAAGACUUUCAGUACCAUAUGAUAAUCGAAUUCCUUUAUAUAUACCUGAUAUAAAUUACCUACUUAUCUAUACACAAAGAUUGCAGAAGACACCAUAUCCUCUGAAAUGGUGUGGUUUCACAAAGCAAAAUUUACUGAGCACUGUGAAUAUACUGAUUGUGGAAAAUGUGUCUCUGUACCAGUAUGAAGCAUACAGCAGUAACUUUGAAAAACUAAAUGAAGCGUUUGAUUUCAAAUUUGAAGUUGUCAGUCCAAGCUCUUAUAACAGAGAUACCAUCAUGGAUAUUGCCACCAUUCCAAUGACACACAAUGAGAAAGUGAACUAUUUGAAGAAGUAUGGGACUAUUGAGAAGGCUGCAGAAGAGUGCAAGAAACUGUUUGAUUUAGAGAUAUUUCCAACUGCAACAGUUGAAGAUGAAGAGGAGGUACAGAGUUUACCCAAUAUUGAUAAAUUCCCGAGGACGCAACUGCUGUUGUCUGGAUGGCAAAUGAUUGAGGAGAAUUUCCCGUUACCAAUUCGCGGACUAAUGGAGAGGAAGUACAAGGGAUAUGUUUUAACGAAGGAUGAGUAUCAGGAGGUCACAGCUAACAGUCCGAUGUACGGUUUGGAUUGCGAAAUGUGUCUGACCGCUAUUAACGAGUCCGAGUUGACGCGUGUUUCGGUUGUCGAUGAGCAAAUGAAAGUGAUUUACGAAGAAUUGGUGAAGCCGCCAAAUAAGAUCACUAAUUAUCUGACAAGGUAUUCGGGGAUCACGGCUAAGAUGAUGGCACCGGUAAGGAAGACUUUGGAAGAUGUGCAGAAGGAACUGAGGGAUGUGUUACCACCAAAUGCUAUACUAAUCGGACAAUCGUUAAGUAAUGAUUUGCACGCCUUGAAGAUGAUGCAUCCAUAUGUCAUAGAUACUAGUGUUAUAUUUAAUUUGACGGGGCAAAGGGAUAGGAAAUCGAAAUUACAAAUAUUGAGUAGUCAGUUUCUGCAGGAGAACAUACAGAAUUCGCGACAGGGGCAUUGUUCCAUCGAGGACAGUUCGGCGUGCGUAAAGCUGACGAAACUGAAACUUUCCAAGGAUCUGUUAUUCGGUGAUGCGGUGCUCAACAAAGGUUUCAGAAAGUUCGAUAGCGUGCAGCAGGACAGCAUCAGGUACGGGAAGAGCCUGCUGACCGAACUAACGUACGAUCUGAAUAAGAAGGCUUGCGUCAUCGGCAGUGAAGAUGCGAUCAAUAAAUUCAAAUCGUGUACGUACAAGCAGGACGCGCUGCAGAAUCCGUUGAUCGGCUUCAGCGUUCACAAUUCCAACAAGGAAGUGGUGAACGCUCUCCUGGAUCAGAUGACCAACAACAACAUAAACCUGGCGCAUUUGGAGGCGCCGAAAGACCACUGCGACGAUUCCACUGACCUGGGAUUCCUGAAGAAACUGGACAGGUGGUCGGGCAAAAUAGUCGACUCCAGUCCGUCGAAUAGCAUAAACAUUGUUUUAUUCACUGGGAACGCCUCGAGCAACGGCUGUUGCUUCAUAAAUAUCAAGUAAAUGCUAUAUUAUAAUAUUAAGAUAUUAAAUAAUUAAUAUUUAUUUUUAA